AUGUCGCGCAAAAAACCGCAACUCUUCCUCAUCUGUGACAGCGAGGGCUUCACGUGGAUCCCUCUUCUAACCGUGGAGUGGAAAAUAAAGUACCUCUUCUGCAGCGACGCCAAAAUGAAGAGGUGCUUUGUGGACACCUUCGGCCUGUACGAUACGGAGACGAACACACACGACAAUGUUUUGAAGUUCAUUGAGAAGCAAAAUCUCGAAAACGUCCAUCUGCUCUUUAUAGCCAUGUCGACGUCGAAGCUCCAUGAGCUUAUCUUGGAAUACAUAAUAAAUCAGAAGAAAUUUUACUACAUCUUCAGUUCGAAUUUACCAACAAUGCACAUGGAGAAGUUAAGCAAAUUGAAGGCGUCACUAAAGAACUUCAAUAUAGACAGUGACAUCAUUUACGACGUGAAGGCAGAGUUCAAAAAAACGAACAAGCAGUUCUACUGGAAUAUCUUUAACGCCUUAACGAAUCAGCGUGUUUUUUAUAAUCUAAAAACUACACUCCACGAGUUAGGGGGACACAUAUAUGGCGUUCAGAUCGAAUGUACCUUCAUGCCAUUUUUAACAGACAAUGAGGGCAUAGAGAAUGUCCUCUUCUACAAAACGGUGCUAAUUAUAUCCUUAAUUGAGUUCUUAUUUUGCAAGCCGAAGAGCGUAUCUGCCAAAUGCUACUCUGUGAAGGGCGAGAAUAUCACGGUGAAGUCUAUUGCAGGAAGUGCUCUCUUCGAUUCGCUCAAUUGCCACUUUAACAUUUCGGACAACUCAAGCAACAGGAUCUUUGACGUCAAGGUGUUCGGUGACAACGGCUCUGUGGAAGUUUCCUACAACGCGGAGCAUAACUGCUUCCAACUGCUGCGAUGCAUGAACCACUACGAGUACCCCAGUCUCUUCGUGGAGAGUGCCCACGAGAGCGCCUUGAAUGAACUCAAAUACUUCGUGGAUGAGAAUCUCUACACCAAUAAGUACCUCAAUAUGUACACAAACGCUAUCCACACAGCCCUCUGUUUGUGGAAAAGCAACGGGGAAAAUAUUUCCCUGGACAGUAAGAAGCCCGAUGAGUGUGCUGCCAUCGAUGCAGAGAUCAGGGUGGAGGCAGUCAAGAACUUCAGCAUAACCGCGUGA